AAUUCGCACCGCGCAGUUUCACGUGCUGGAAAUGUUUUCCUUGUAAAAUCAAAUAAUUCCGUGACAACCCCAGGAAAAAUGUCCAAAUUUAUCCAUCUCGUCGUCGAUACAUCGGCAUUCAUCAAAAAUGUCCAACUUCAGGACGUCGCCGAAAACUGCUACACCGUGCAGGGUGUGUUGGACGAAAUCAAAAACGAUCGGCAGCUGAAACGGUUGGUCGUGUUGCCGUACAGUCUUCAGGUGCGGGAACCGGAUUCGGAAGUGCUGGCUAAAGUGACCAAUAUUGCCAAAAAGACGGGAGAUUUCGCUUCGCUUUCACUGGUGGAUCUGAAGGUGGUAGCUCUAACGUACCAACUGGAGAAGGAACAUGUAGGAACGGAACAUUUGCGAGACGAACCCAAACCGGCCAAGACAAUAUGUUCCGGGCAGAAACCACAGGAGCUGGUCGGUACCGGGAAAGUACUCGGAUUCUACGAUGGCAAGAAGCGGAUGGAAACGGAACAAACCGUUCAGAAUGAGGAAGAAGCAUCGGGAAUGGAAGUUGAAGUUGAAGUUCGGGAUGAGGCGAGUGACUUGAAGGAGAAGUUUGCGGAGUUGAGCACGGAGGAAGCACAAGAAUUGGAAGAAGGGCUUCUGAAAAAGGUCGAGACCCCAGAGGCAGAAAUGGAAGAGGAGUCGGAUGAGGAUUGUGAGGAAGAGGAGUUUUCCGAAGAGGGAGAUGAAGCGGAUGAGGAGGGUGAAGACGAUGAUGAUGAAGGAUGGAUUACUCCGUCGAACAUCAAGGAAGUCAAACGUGACUAUGGCACAGAUCUGCUGGAAGAGAACACAUCGCCGGUCGCUUGCAUGACAACGGAUUUCGCAAUGCAAAACGUGCUGAAGCAGAUUGGACUGCACAUUGCCGCUCUGGAUGGUCGGGUAAUCAAACAUGCCCGGACGUACAUUCUGCGAUGUUACGCGUGCUUCAAAACGACGUCAGAUUCCACGAAGAAAUUCUGCCCCAACUGUGGCAACAACACACUGAAGAAGGUUGCCGUCAGUUUGGACGCGAAUGGACAGCAGGUGAUUCACAUCAACACGAGAAGGCCGCUGACGGCUCGAUACAAGAACCGUCCGGUAUCCAAGUUCGAUGGUGGCAAACAUGCCGCCAAUCCGCUACUGUUCGAAGACCAACCGCUACCCCAGCAGAGAAUAUCGGCCAAGGCGAAGGCCAAGACCAACGCCCUCGGGGAUGACUAUACGGCCGGAUAUUCGCCGUUCGUGAUGAGGGAUGUGGAUUCCCGUUCGGCGGUGCUCAGGGGCAAGACCAACUUGAAGCAGUGGAUGCAGAACUACGAGUACGAUAACCAAAGAAGGGGUUACAAGAAGUAGGUGCGAGCGUGCUGCUGUUAUAAUCUAACAGUGUAUUAUAAUGAAGAUUCAAUAAAUGGUUGUUUAACCUAUA